UAUCUAUAACCUGCUCAGUCGCUUGAUCAAUAUUCAAUUUAAAGCAUCGAAUAUUCUGCAUGUAGGCCUACGAUUAAGGUCGAAAAUACACAAAAGACACAUGUAAUUUGAUUUAAUUGCACGCAGCAUUUUACAGAUAUGAGCUCUCUCCAGAUUAAGGCCUAUCCAAUGAUGAUACAAGUCAUUUCAGUUCAUAUUUAGUAAGUGAAUCCCUGUGUGCGCUGUAAUUGGUUCAUCCAUCACCGAGGCUUAUUUCUGGAGGCGAGUUCUGAGAGUUUAAACUAUUGGAUGUGCUGAUUUAUCAACAGGGCCAUUGCACUGAGUGUGGUAACAAAUGGUCACAGGCAGAUGGGGAGCAUUUUACAAAAACAAGUACCUCCCCCUUCCUCUUUCUCUCUUAGGUGAGAAAAAUGCAUAGAAAGUAGAUGCACACGGAUGCCACAAUACAAUGCAUGAGUCACUGGUCACCCCUUACCCUCAUUUUACACCCACAGACAUAAUCAUCACACUACUUCAGCCAACACAUAGUCAAACCUUGUUUUCAGUUAAGCCACUGUCGUUUGGUUGGCAUCAAUCUGUAUUUGGGGUUUUAUGACGUAACAGUGGCUCAGUGUCUAUUUUGAGGCCGGUCUGAUAUUUUAGGAUUUUUUUUUUGGAAUCUAUUGUUCUCCCUUUGUGUUGUGAGUUUGCUAAGAUGAUGUUGACUUUUCCUCUCUUGGCAUCUCUCUGAGAGGCGGCUGCUCUAUCUAGUCAUUUUCUCUGUCCUCACCCACUCCAAAGCUUCAACCCUCCCCAGGCUGUACAGUGAUGACCAUCUCUGAUGUAGGGCACCACAGAAUGAAAGUAUAAUAAUAGCCUAGGGGCAGUGUAAUAUAAAGAAGGAAUCUUUAAUUGAAGCCUGAUGCUGGUAGUAGAAAAAAAAACAAGUAACCCCCAACAGACUUAACAAUUUGUAUUCUGUGCUCUUAUUGUUUAACUGGACUUGGUCCUUUAACCCUAUUUCUUUCUUUCUUUUUAAACAAAACGAUAGAGCUAAUAUCUACUAAGAUAUUUGAUGUGUGCAGGAAGUGAUUAGGUAGGGCUGCAGCUGACCCAAACAUCAUAUAUUGGGUGAUGAAAUCAAAAACCAACUGGAAUAUCAUUUUACAGCUAUGCCUGGUGUCCCUUUCCCACUUCCCAUAUAUCUCAGUGCUUGAAGUGUAACUAGAAGCACUACAGCAUAUGGGGCCAACCUGAACCUUACUGUUUCUUGCGUUGUGGACACAUUUAUGGCUUUGCAAUGAGAAUCCACUUCUUUAUUUUCUACAUAUUAAGUGUAUAUAAGUAUAAGUCCAAUUAAAAUAAUUCUGUUCUGCUGGGAUUAAAUACAUGCAUGCUUGCAAAAGCAUUGCAUCCUGUUUUAUGGUAUCACUGCUUGCAGAAAGCUUUGCACUGUAAUGAACAUUUGCAAGAGAAAAUACUACCUUGCUUUUAAACAGAUAGCUGGAAUUUAAUGUCUAUGUCUCAAGAUGCCUUAAGUACAGGACCACAUUUUUAGCGAAGCUUGCAAGUCAGUUCAAAGAGGAAACUCGAGCUCUACUGUGUCAUGCACAUUUACAUGCCCCGCUCUCCUCACGUCACAUACCAAACACACCCUCCAAUUUGGCGGCUUCUUUAAAGCUUUCCCAUCUCUCCCUCUGAUAUGUCUUUUUUAACCUCUCCUCGUUUCAAACAUGAGUUCUCAGCCUGAACCUACAAGUCCCGGUUCCACCAUGUCCUUGGCAUUCUGUGGAAACGAGAAUAACUCGAUGGCCUACAACGUGGACAGGGGCGUUCUGAACAACGGCUGUUUCCUGGAUGCGCUCAAUGUGGUCCCACAUGUUUUUGUCCUCUUCAUCACCUUCCCCAUCCUCUUCAUCGGUUGGGGCAGCCAGAGUUCAAAGGUCCACAUCCACCACAGCACCUGGCUUCACUUUCCUGGACACAACCUGCGCUGGCUUCUCACCUUCAUCCUGCUCUUCAUCCUCGUCUGUGAGAUUGCCGAGGGCAUUGUCUCAGAUGGGUUCAGUCAGUCCCUCCAUCUUCACCUGUACAUGCCUGCAGCUCUGGCCUUCAUGGCUGGCAUCACCUCUAUUGUCUACUAUCAUAACAUUGAGACCUCCAACUUUCCCAAACUACUGUUAGCCCUGCUGAUCUACUGGGUGCUGGCCUUCAUCAUGAAGACCAUCAAGUUUGCCAAGUACACCGAGCAUGGCAUCGGCCCCAGGCAGCUACGCUACUGCAUCACGGGACUGCUGGUGCUGCUGUAUGGACUCCUACUAACUGUAGAGAUCAACGUCAUCCUCGGCAGGCGCUACAUGUGUUUCGCCAAUCCAACAGAGGUGAAGCCUCCCGAAGACCUUCAGGACCUCGGCGUUCGCUUCCUGCAGCCCUUCGUUAACUUGUUGUCCAAAGCCACCUACUGGUGGAUGAACACCUUCAUUACCUCUGCUCACAAACGACCCAUCGACCUCAAGGUCAUUGGCAAACUGCCCAUUGCAAUGAGAGCACUCACAAACUAUAUAAAGCUUCGCAAGGCCUUUGAAGACCAAAAGAGGCCUCAGGGCAUAGCACCCCAAGGUCCAAAGUGGAUCUGGCAAGCUCUAAGAAAAGCAUUUGGCAGACCUCUCAUCCUCAGCAUCACGUUCCGCUUCCUGGCCGACCUGCUGGGCUUUGCCGGUCCUCUCUGCAUCUCUGGCAUUGUCCACCACAUCAGCAAGGACAAUCGCACCAUUCAGCCACCGAUAAAGCUGCUCGGGAUCUAUUUCAUUUCCUCCAAGGAGUUUCUGGAGAACGCAUACGUGUUGGCUGUGCUGCUCUUCUUCGCCCUACUCCUGCAGAGGACUUUCCUCCAGGCCUCUUACUACGUGGCUAUUGAAACAGGCAUCAACCUGCGUGGAGCCAUACAGACAAAAAUCUACAACAAAAUCAUGCGUCUGUGCACCUCCACCAUGUCCAUGGGUGAGCUAACCGUAGGUCAGAUCUGCAACCUGGUUGCCAUCGAUACCAACCAGCUUAUGUGGUUCUUCUUCCUCUGCCCUAACCUGUGGGCCAUGCCAGUACAGAUUGUUGUGGGAGUGAUCCUGCUCUACUACCUCUUGGGAAUCAGUGCCUUGAUUGGAGCGACCGUCAUUGCUGUGUUAGCUCCUGUACAAUACUUUGUGGCCACAAAGCUAUCCCAAACACAGAAAAGCACCCUGGAAUAUUCUAGUGAGCGCCUGAAGAAGACCAACGAACUGCUGCGGGGCAUCAAGUUGCUGAAACUGUAUGCUUGGGAGCGCAUCUUCUGUGACAGUGUGGAGGAGACCAGGGUUAAAGAGCUCACCAGCCUGCAGGCCUUUGCUCUUUACACAUCCAUAUCCAUUUUCAUGAAUGCGGCUAUUCCUAUAGCAGCUGUGUUGACGACAUUUGUGGUUCACGUCCACAUCUCAGAGGACGCUGAUCUGUCACCAGCUGUGGCCUUUGCCUCUCUGUCCCUUUUUCACAUCCUGGUCACACCCCUCUUCCUCCUCUCCAGCGUGGUGCGCUCCACUGUCAAGGCCCUGGUUAGCGUUCAGAAGCUCAGCGAGUUUUUUUCGAGCGAUGAGAUUGGAGACGAGCAGGAGCCCAAAGCCACGUUACCCACUGGCUCCAGCAAUCACAACCAAAAUCGGUAUCAGGCUGUGCCCCUGAAGGUGGUGAAUCGGAAGCGCCCCUCGCGGGAUGACUGGAACAACUAUGGCUCAGAGGGGAACCACGAAGGCGAUGGACCCUUUCAGGAUGUAGAUCAAGAUAUCUGCAUCAAGAUAUCAAAUGGCUAUUUCACCUGGGUCGAUGGAGCACCAACGCUUUCAAAUGUGGACAUCAAAAUUCCCUUUGGUAAGCUGACGAUGAUUGUGGGCCAGGUGGGUUGUGGAAAAUCAUCCUUGUUACUGGCAGCACUGGGAGAAAUGCAGAGAGUGUCUGGAACUGUCACCUGGAACAGUCUGCCAAACCUGGAGUCUGAAGGGGAUGAAAGUCCCACAGACAAAGAUGCAGCAGGUGACGGAGACAUCAGGAAGAGAGGCCCUGUGGCCUACGCCUCCCAGAAGGCCUGGCUGCUGAACGCCACAGUGGUGGAGAACAUCACUUUUGAGAUGCCCAUGAUAAAAUCAAGAUACAAAGCUGUCAUCGAGGCCUGCUCGCUUCAGCCUGACAUUGACAUUCUUCCACAGGGGGACCAGACAGAGAUCGGGGAACGGGGCAUCAUCCUAUCAGGUGGACAGAAACAGCGAAUCAGCGUGGCCAGAGCCUUGUACCAGCAGACCAACGUUGUCUUUCUGGAUGAUCCAUUUUCUGCUUUGGACAUCCACCUGAGUGACCAUCUGAUGCAGGAUGGCAUCCUGAAGCUCCUGAGAGAAGAGAAGAGGACCGUGGUGCUGGUCACACACAAACUGCAGUAUUUACCACAUGCAGAUUGGAUUAUUGCCAUGAAAGAUGGCACCAUCCAGACUGAGGGGACUCUGAAGGACAUCCAAAACUCUGAACCUGAACUCUUUGAGCAAUGGAAAACCCUCAUGAACAGACAGGAUCAGGAGUUUGAGAAGGAAACUGUGGCAGAGAGUAUGACAGACAUAGAGAGAAAAAACCUGCGGAGGGCCAUGUAUUCAAGAGAGGCCGCCAGGACUGAAGAGGAUGAGGAAGGUGGCACCCCGGGGUGGACUUGUGCGAUGGCUCCAGCUACCCUCAUGUUCGAUCGAGCAGAGGAAUCUGUGGAGAGUGAAGAUGAUGACAACCUGUCGCAGGUAAUGCGCCAGAGAGCUACCAUCCCCUGGCGCUCCUGCGGCACCUACCUGUCCUCUGCUGGGCUCCUCCUGCUCAGCCUGCUCCUCCUGUCGCAGCUCCUCAAACACUCCCUCAUGGUGGCCAUUGACUACUGGCUGGCCCAUUGGACGUCACAUGUCAUCGCAGCCAAGAAAGACGCCUCCGCUCACAACUGUACCGUCGUACAGGACUGUGGUUUCAGCCACUCCUGGUAUCUGUCUGUGUUCAGUGUGCUCUGCUGCCUGGGCAUCGUCCUCUGUCUCGCCACCUCUGUGGCUGUGGAGUGGACCGGUCUCAAAGCGGCCAAAGAGCUCCACCACAACCUGCUCAACAAGAUCAUCCUGGCCCCCAUGAGGCUCUUUGAGACCACUCCUCUUGGCAGCAUCCUAAACAGAUUUUCCACCGACACCAACACUAUCGACCAGCACAUUCCCACCACCCUCGAGUGCCUCUCCCGCUCCACCUUGCUAUGUGUCUCUGCUUUGGGUGUCAUCUCCUACGUCACACCCGUUUUCCUCAUCGCCCUUCUGCCGCUGGCUGUCACCUGCUACUUUAUUCAGAAAUACUUCCGGAUGGCUUCCAGGGACCUGCAGCAGUUGGAGGACAGCACACAACUCCCUUUACUCUCCCACUUCUCUGAGACAGUUGAAGGUCUCACCACUAUACGAGCCCUCAGGUAUGAGCCCAGGUUCAGACAGAGGUUACUGCAGUUCACCGAUGCCAACAACAUCGCCUCUCUCUUCCUCACAGCAGCCAACCGUUGGCUGGAGGUCCGCAUGGAGUACAUCGGAGCCUGUGUGGUGUUGGUGGCGGCUGUAGCCUCCAUCACCAAUUCGCUCUACGACCAGCUGUCCCCCGGGCUGGUGGGGCUCGGUCUGACAUACGCACUCAUGGUGUCCAACUACAUGAACUGGAUGGUGCGUAACUUGGCAGACAUGGAAGUACAGCUUGGCUCAGUCAAGAGGAUUAACGGCCUGCUCAAAACUGAACCAGAGAAUUACGAGGGACUGCUCACUGUGUCUCAGGUUCCUGACGGCUGGCCCCGACAGGGAGAGAUCAAGAUACAGAAUCUGAGCGUUCGUUAUGACGCCACACUGAAGCCUGUGCUCAAAAAUGUCAAUGCACAUAUCAACCCUGGUCAGAAGGUGGGGAUCUGUGGCAGGACCGGCAGCGGUAAAUCCUCCUUCUCCUUGGCCUUCUUCCGCAUGGUGGACAUGUUUGAGGGAAGGAUUGUGAUUGAUAACAUCGACAUCUCCAAGCUGCCUCUGCAGACUCUCAGAUCCCGGCUGUCCAUCAUCCUCCAGGACCCUAUCCUGUUCAGUGGCACCAUCCGGUUCAACCUGGACCCAGAGAUGAAAGCAACUGAUGAGAUGCUGUGGGAAGCGCUGGAGAUAGCUCAGCUGAAACCUGUUGUUAAGUCACUUCCAGGAGGCCUGGAUGCCAUAGUGACAGAAGGAGGUGAAAACUUCAGUCAGGGUCAGAGACAACUGUUCUGUCUGGCCAGAGCCUUCGUCAGGAAAAGCAGUAUCCUUAUCAUGGACGAAGCCACGGCAUCCAUAGACAUGGCAACGGAGAGCAUCCUGCAGAAAGUGGUGAUGACUGCUUUCGCUGAUCGAACAGUAGUUAUCAUAGCACAUCGCGUCCACACCAUCCUCAAUGCCGACCUGGUGAUCGUGAUGAAGCGGGGGAUCAUCCUUGAGUACGACAGACCCCAGGCUCUGCUGGACAAGGAGGACAGCGUCUUCGCCUCCUUUGUGCAAGCAGACAAGUAGCACAAGAAGAGGAAGAGCGUGGAAGCAUUAAAGGAAGACAUUCAAAGUGCAAUUGAUCCCAUGGAAUAUAUUCCUUUUAUUUUUUAAUCAUGUUGUAUUAUAUUUGUACAUAAGAAUGUUAAUGCUUUGUUAAUAAAACAUAAAUUAUCCUGAAA